AUGUACCCAAUCACGUGGACCGAUUCUGUAUCGUCUUAUACUACUUGUAGUGACUCAGUCAAAGAUGAAUUGGCGUCUGACGAGUUGACAACGGAUUCAGCUACCGACGAACGUCCACAGCUUUAUAAGUCUCUCUCUGAACUGUUGAUGAGGCCGAUUCAGGUGCAUGGCCCCACCUCACUUUCUGUCUGUCAGACGAUGAACGUCUCUUUAGUUUGUGUGUGUGUCUGUGUCUGCAUAUAUCGUGGAGUUGUCUGCCGUUGGAUAAUCACCCCGACGGAGAUGCACCGACCGACUGAUUGCGCCGAUCGAGGUUUUCUGCUGCAACAUAUUGUUAAUUUUUCUCCUGUUGCCUUAGAAAUAGUUUCCACGUCCGCCUCAGACAACGCGAUAAAGCAUACGAGUUUUCUGGGAAACAUACAACCAGUUUCGAGCAUACUUCGGCCAUUAAUGGAUCUGGCGCAGGUAGCCGGCCGAGUCGUACUGAGUUCGCAGAUGAAACUUGGAGAUGUUGGAGGGGACAAACGAAUUCGAGUCCCUUCCUAA